AAAGCGUCCUCCCAGCCCGGCUUUGCAGAACAGAGGUCUGGUGUCUCCAGUUUACAGAAGCACUUGCAGAACUCAUCAGAAGCCACCCUGCUUAUCAGCAGAUUUCAAGAGAGCGUUCAGUGGAGGCCCUGAGUCUGCACAGUUCACCUCCCUGGGAACUGCUCGCCUGAGCAUUGGAGCCGGCUCUGGCCCCCUGCAGCCUAAAGGAGCCCCGGAGGCCCAGGACACAGCGCUCUUGCUCUUGCAGAAUCCACAGGUCUUUCUUGAAGAAAUCUGUAGUCAGAACUUUGUUCUGCAUUUUUAUCUAGGGAAGGAACAGGAAGAGAAGAGUGUGGUCUACUAGAAAUCUAGCACUGGAGACACAAGGAAAAUUCUUCCAACAAUGGUCUCCCACUCAGAGCUAAGGAAGCUGUUCUACUCAGCAGAUGCUGUAUGUUUUGAUGUUGACAGCACGGUCAUUAGAGAAGAAGGAAUCGAUGAGCUAGCCAAAAUCUGUGGUGUUGAGGACGCGGUGUCAGAAAUGACACGGCGAGCCAUGGGCGGGGCAGUGCCUUUCAAAUCUGCUCUCACGGAGCGCUUAGCCCUCAUCCAGCCCUCCAGGGAGCAGGUGCAGAGACUCAUAGCAGAGCACCCCCCACACCUGACCCCCGGCAUAAGGGAGCUGGUAAGUCGCCUACAGGAGCGAAAUGUUCAGGUUUUCCUAAUAUCUGGUGGCUUUAGGAGUAUUGUAGAGCAUGUUGCUUCAAAGCUCAAUAUCCCAGGAACCAAUGUAUUUGCCAAUAGGCUGAAAUUCUACUUUAACGGUGAAUAUGCAGGUUUUGAUGAGACACAGCCAACAGCUGAAUCUGGUGGAAAAGGAAAAGUGAUUAAACUUUUAAAGGAAAAAUUUCAUUUUAAGAAAAUAAUCAUGAUUGGAGAUGGUGCCACAGACAUGGAAGCCUGUCCUCCUGCUGAUGCUUUCAUUGGAUUUGGAGGAAAUGUGAUCAGGCAACAAGUCAAGGAUAAUGCCAAAUGGUAUAUCACUGAUUUUGUGGAGCUGGUGGGAGAGCUGGAGGAAUAACAUCCACUGUCACACAGCUCCGAACACCUUCGGAUGGAUUUUUACAAGUGAUACAGGUUGAUACUGUUUGCUUACAAUUGCCUAUUACCACUUGCUAUAGAGAGUUGGCACAGAUGAUCAAUACUUUAAACUACAGUUAGGACUCCUAGAAGAUCGCUUUUUUUUUUUUUAACUGUAGUUCCAGUAUUAUAUGAUGACUAUUGAUUUCCUGUAGAGUUUUGUAAUCUGAAUUCUUUCUGUAUAUUCCUAGCUAUGCUUCAUACAAAGUGUUUUAAGGGUGGAGAGUCAAACAAACACCUUUACUCUUAGAAAGAUGGAUUCGGCAGCUUUCGGUGAAUAUUGGUUUCUCUUUGGUAUAUCAAUAAAAGUUUAUCCAUGUGUCAGAA